UUAUGCAGAUGUGAGUAAGCAAACAAGGGAGGAGACCGUGAACGCCGAUGCGCGCUCCCGAUGAUAAACCUCUGACGCCUUCAUCCGGGAACUACUACGAACUCGCUCUCCAACAUGGCGGCGUCAGCUAAGAAGAAGAAUAAGAAGGGGAAGACCCUGACUCUGACUGACUUCCUGGCAGAGGACAGUGGAGGCAACAGUGCGCCUCCCAGCUACCCACCCAAGUCUACUAGCUGGGCAGAUGAAACUGACGACCUGGAUGGCGAUGUCUCGACUUCAUGGCACACGGAGGAGGAUAGCUAUCGGGCACCCCCCAUUGACCGCUCCAUCCUGCCCACAGCGCCUCGCUCAGCGCGCGAGCCCAAUGUCGACCGAUCCCGACUACCCCGCAGCCCGCCUUACACGGCCUUCCUGGGCAACCUGCCCUAUGAUGUCACUGAGGACUCGAUCAAAGACUUCUUCCGCGGCUUGGCAAUCAGUGCGGUGCGUCUGCCUCGGGAGCCCAGUAACCCAGAGAGGCUGAAGGGCUUUGGUUAUGCUGAAUUUGAUGAUGUGGAUUCCCUCCUGAGGGCUCUGAGUCUCAACGAGGAGAACCUGGGAAACCGAAGGAUCCGUGUGGAUAUUGCAGACCAGUCUAAUGAUAAAGAGAGAGACGGAUCUAUGGGAGGCAGAGACAGGGGUAGAAUGUCGGACAUGGGUCCUGACAAGACAGACAGUGACUGGAGGGCACGGCCCAGUGCAGAUGCUGACGAUGGACCUCCCAGGAGAGAUGAUGCCUUUGGAGAGAGAUCACGGGACCGUUAUGAGUCGGAUCGUUACAGAGAUGGGCCACGGCGGGACAAUGACCGCUAUGAUGGAGGGAGAGACCGAUACCGGGAUCGCUAUGAUGACCGGGACCGAAGAGACUUUGAUAGAGGAGGUUUUGACUCCCGUGGUGGUGGUGGAGGUCGUCGUGCCUUUGGCAGUGGCUUCCGUCGCGAUUAUGACGACAGUCGGGGUAGCAAUGAUCGUUAUGGGGACCGGGAUCGUUAUGGUGAACGCGACUCUGACCGGUACGACAGACGGGAUGACAGGCGUGAGGAGAGAGGAGCUCCCCAGCAGAGACCCAAGUUGAACCUUAAACCCCGUAGCGUGCCCAAGGAUGAGGAGAGUGGCGGAGGCGGUGGCGGCGGCAGUGGUACUUCCCCAGCUGCGGCUCCAAGCUCUGGCAGCAGGGCCUCAUCCAUCUUUGGUGCAGCCAAGCCGGUUGACACGGCAGCCAAGGAGAGGGAGGUGGAGGAGAGGUUGAAGAAACAGGAAGAGAGGCUGCAGAGGCAGCUGGAGGAGGACAAAGGCCGGGGACCGGACAGAAAGAUGCGAGACAGGGACCCAAGCUGGCGCAAUGAGGAGUCUCAUACUGAGAGAUCUCGCACAGGAAGCGAGUCUUCACAGCAUGGAAGUACUUCUGGAAGAGGUUCCCGGUGUCGAGAUAGUGAGCGCUCUGGGGACAAUGAGGUUUUCAGUGGGAGAGAAGGUGACUCCUGCUCCCCUGGGGCCUCCCCACAGCCUCCCAAGGAUUCCAAGGAACCGCUGAAGGUGAUGCCUGCACCUCCUCCCAAGGAGAAUGCCUGGGCUAAGAGAAGUGCAGCCAGCACAGGCUCUAGUGAUGGUGAUGGACGACCUCCAGUCUCUCCUGUCUCCCCAAGUGGUUCAGCUCCUCCCAAGCUCAGCCCUACAAGUUCUGCAGAUGAAAGAGGUUCUGGAAAAGAUGAGAACAAGGCUGACGGUAUGCGUCGGGACCGGGGUCCCCCACGGGCACGAGGGGGGCCUGCAGGGUCUGGAGCAGGGCGGGGCCGAGGAGAGGGGCCCAACAGAGACCGAAGAAAGGAGGCAGACAGAAAGGAUAACAGAAGAGAACGAGACUCCAGACCACCCCCAGAGCCAAAGAAAUUUGAAGAAACCCCAACCCCCAAGUUCAGCUCAGCCAGUAAGUACGCCGCUUUGCUAAUGGACGGAGAACAAGGAGACGACGCAGAGGACGUAGAAUAGAAGGAAAAUAACGAGACGAGGCCCUGACCAUCGCAAGACGAGGAGAAAAACGACGAACGCAGAAAAAAAAAAUCUCACAUAGCUUAUGAAAAACUCCUCACAUGGAAGAGGCUCAUGGGAGGACAUCACUCCCUCCCUUCUUUCCUCCUACAAAACCUGUCCUUUACUUUAAAAACACCCACCCACCCUCCUUCCCUCCCCUGCCCCACCUUCAGGACUAUUCGAGUUCUAAAGAAUAGUCACAUACUGGACUUGUUUUUAAAUGGAAAAAAGGAGUAGCUGAUAUAUGGCAAAGUGAUGGAUAACAUUGAAUUAAUUGUAAUAAAUAAAUGGAAAAAGUGGGGAAAAAAUGAAUUUGUAUAUUUGUGCAUCACAGGUGUGGUGAGGUUGGAUUAUGACAGGAUGUAGUUUGUUUUUUGUUUUUUUAAUCAACUUUUGACUGAUUGACUUGCAUAAUUCUUAGAUUAAAUGCAUAAUAAUUUAGUAUAAUACCAUUUUAUUAGUAAAUAAUUUGGUAUUAUAUAAUUUUAAUCUCAAAUCAAAUUCAUUUCUGAAAAUUUGUCAAGAAAAUCCUGUCUUCCAAUACUAAAAGUUAUGAAUGCUGAGACUAAUUUGAAAAACGUUUGUCAAUCAUAUCUGCACCGUUCAACAAAUCAUUAAUUGAAUUAGUUCUAAACUGAUUUCCACAGUAUUACAAAGGAGGACUGUGUAAUACGUAGACUACAUUACUGCAGGAGUGGCUUGUAUGCUGAGACUGAAUGAAAAACAGCCGCCACACGGUUCUCACUCAGAAAAUCAGUGCCAUUACCAUCACCUCCAAUCAUUGUAAAGAUGUCUCUCUCUUUCUAAACCUUCUGAUGAAAUGAUAAAAUCAAUUAAAGGCUCAUGAUGGUCGUGUCCAAUCGUCCUAAA